AUGCGCAUUGAUGAACUCCCCCCAGAAACUAUAGAGGAGAUCUUGCUUCAUGCGGAUCCCACUACCAUCGCCUCGCUAUCCCAGUGCUCUCGCUUUUUCAACACCCUGAUCAAUCAUGGCCCGGACCAGCACUUAUGGCGGUGGCUCUACCUCAUUCAGCCUCUCGAUGACCCUAGGGAAUGUGUAUCCCUCAACGGUGACCCACAGAAGGAUAUUGACUGGAAGAGGGAACUCCAGAGAUUCAUUCGCGCCCGGACAGUGGUUACUGACGUUAGCGUAUGUCGGCCGGCUGAGCGAUGUGCCAUUCUGCGGACUAUGAUACAUCUGGUAGAGUACAUACCGCCGCGGAAGUGGUCCUUUGCAGAGGGCGGUACAUCAAAGAACCUGAUUUGGAUUCGGGAUGUCCUCAGCGGUGGAACGUUUAUCGACCCAGACACUAUCACCUGGGUGUCCACUGAUGCUGAAGAGAUUCAAUUACGCGACAAGUUGCAUACGUACCUGGGGCUUACUUCUGCGGAUCGUACACCGCGCGCGCUGGUCGAGUCAAGGGCGUAUGUGUACAGUUUUAGGAACUACUCGUGGGAGACAGAUUUUGGGCCGUUCUUUGAGGAUGGAAAGGUGAAUUGGGAGCAUCUUAGAAUGGUACGACAUGUACUGGCGAUGCAUGUACACGACGAAGAGACUACGCCUUUCCAAAUGAGUUUGGAGUUUACCCAGAUACGGAUGGCGAGCUUGGCGGAUACUAGAGACUGGGCGGGCAUCGAGGGGAUUUGGUGGUGUGGGUUUUGCUUUUGCGACCAUUCAGAUCUUACAUUAUAUAAUUUGACGACAACGGUGGAUGGCUCUUUGGAUGCUAGCCUCUUUGAAGAUCCUGGCUUCACUGAUGUCUUUCGUUCCGUGGAAGUAACCAUCCGUAUCUUGGAAGUCUCGCCGGAUCCCAAGCACCCCAACUAUCCACGUAUAUAUUUUGGAGGUUCCAUGGGACAGCAUUCCAUGUCCACGAUGAGUGGAUAUGUGUAUAUGACGGACGACAACCAAGUCCGAUGGCGUUUCCGGUCUGGAGAACAAGUAAACCCUAUAUGGAGUUCGGAAGGAAUACAGGUGGGGGGGUUGCGGUCUCUGUAUGGUGUUCUUGGAACCUGGACAACGACGUUUCAUAAUCCGAAUGAUCCAGUUGGACCUUUUUGGCUUCGAAAGGCGAUAGAUCUGCCUCAGGAAGACUGA